AUAGGACAGAGGGAGAGAGGGUUCAUACGAAUAAAUCCCCGACGCUCCGGACCGAGAGAAACAAGGAGAGGACAAUUCCUGUUUACAAGGAAAUUUCUUCACAUUUGAAGCCAAAUCCGAGCUUCGUCGAUAUAGUUCGCAUUAACAGAUCGACCUCUUUACCUCAGCGAUGGCUCAAGAGACGAACCAGAGUUCCUUGCCUAUCCUGUGUACCAUGGGCUGCGGUUUCUACGGUAACCCCAGGAACAAUGGCAUGUGCUCCGUUUGUUACAAGGAGCACCUGAAUCGACAGCAGAGCAGCGACCGCAGUCCAAUGAGUCCUUUAGGUGCAGCUGGCAGUCCGUCAGCAGAGGCCAUCCAGAGGCUAGAGGCCAGCCUCAGCAAGGUGGAGCCCCCACCCAUGGCCAGGGCAGACUCGCCCACUGAAAGUGUCCCAUCACCCUCUCUACCAGUGACACAGCAGAUGACUGAGAUGAGCAUCUCUCGAGAGGAGAAGGCCCCCAGCCCCAAGUCAGAGCUCCCAGAACCAGUUGUCACCCAGCCCAGUUCCUCCUCCAGCCUAACCCUGGUGGCCCAGGCCCCCGAUGACAGCAAGACCCCCGAGCUGCCCAAACCCAAGAAGAACAGGUGCUUCAUGUGCCGCAAGAGAGUCGGACUGACAGGUUUUGACUGCCGGUGUGGGAACCUGUUUUGUGGGCUGCAUCGAUACUCCGACAUCCACAACUGCACUUACGACUACAAGGCAGAGGCGGCGGCCAAGAUCCGCAAGGAAAACCCAGUGGUGGUCGCCGACAAGAUCCAGAGAAUAUAAAGAAGCCUCUCUAUCUGUCUUAUGUGUCUGCCAGGCUCUCGCUCGCUACCCGCUAUGGAGAACGUUGGGAACUUUGAACUGAACACUGGCGCUGGUGUGGCUGAAAUGGACAUUUCGCUUUUUGUUUUCUUUCGUUUUUUUGUUUUUUGUUUUGUUUUGUGUUUUAAUCAAGUCGACUGCGAGGAAAGGAAAACUAACUUUGAGAGAGUGUGCAUGAGCUGAGGUUUUGGUUUUUUUUGGUCGGAGGUUUUUUUUUGUUUAGUUUUAUGUUUGUUUUGUCCACGUCCUCUUCCCAUGGUGUGCUUGUGUGAUGACUACCGUAUGAUUUUUUUCCCGUUUUAAACCAUAGUCGUUAUUUCCUGACACGUUGCAGUUGGCCAGGACACUUUCCUGCAAAUGGAUGGAAAACUGGAACUUGGAUGGAAGAUGGAACUUUUAUCCCUCACCUGCAUUCCGAAGCGGAAUCUUGAUUGAGGGGUGGGAGGAGUCAGAACGCAAGGGGGAGCGGCCAGAAUGCCCUGUGUGCCAAAAGCGCAGAUGCUUCACCAGUGGAAUCCGUGCAAAACAGGAAGUAGCAGGAAGUGGAACCAGACUGGCUCCAGACGCUGCACCUUGCGCUCCUCACACCCUUCACAUCCUCCGUUACUUUGGUCUGGCUGCUCCAGGAUUGGACUACAGUACUGUGUGUGUGCUGCUCCGGUACAGCGAUUUUUUUUUUCAUCCGUCAGUCAAGUGUCCGAGGUCAUCUUUGCAACGUCAGAGGGUGUUGGAACGCCUGAAUGUGAACCUGUUUAUCGCUCUCUCUUGCUCUCUCUCUCUCUCUCUCUCUCUCUCUCUCUCUCUCUCUCUCUCUCUCUCUCUCUCGGAGCACAUCUUUUCUUGCCCUGGCAAGGCAGGUCGGUGGACAGUAGCUCCCUGUGUCUGCCAGUUAAGUGCUUAGUGGCGCCUGUCCAUAUUUAAUCGAGCUAUCGCCGCCCCCGAUGGACGGACGGACGGACACACGGACGGCUUUCCCCGAAGAGCUUAAUGCCUCAGCCACGUCUGCCCGUUUGAAGACCUGCGCUGAGGCAAAGCUCUGUUUUAGACGAAUGAUUGAAUUGAGAACUAUUGCCCGAAGCAAGGGCGUGGGGAGGUGUUUUGGAUUAAGAAACAAGCAUACAGAAAAAAUGGAAAACUUUUAAUUCUGUGAAGAUGCUGUUGCAGGAUUCAUGUUGUUUAAGAAUAACCUUCAAAAUGUUCAGUUAGGAAUGUGUGGGGAACUUGGAGGUGGGAGGGGACUGGGGGAGGGGCCGGGGGUGUCAUUGACAAUAAUCUUCAUCUUAAUUGUACCUGUAUUUGUCAUAGUUUUUUUUCCUUUGAGUGUGAGUAUUACGCAUAUUUUGAAUAUAUGAGCUGGUACGGUAUGUAAUCCUAAUGUGUGAGUGUGCGUGUGUGUUUGUGUGUGUGCGUGUGUGUUUGUGUGUGUGUGCGCGCAUGUGUGUGUGUGUGUGUGUGUUGUGCUGCAAGUAUGCGUGCGAGAGUGCAUGGAUUCAUGAAGCUCUUCUCCAUAUCAUGACUCAAGCUGAAUAACCUGAAGUAGGUUUGCAAUGUUGGUUUGUUUGUUUGUUUGUUUGUUCAUUAUUAAUUAUGAAAGCUGUGUGGUGGGGGAAAAAACAUUGCUACAGUAGUUCUUCCGUAAAGACUCCUGGGCUGUUACGAGGUCCUUCCAUGCUCCAUUACUCAUACUCCUCAUCAGGGGUGAGUUUCUCAAAAGAGAAGUUGUUAGCCUGUUAGCAACUUCGGUAGUUGCCAAUGGGAAAAUGCAUUGAAGACAGCAAAGUAGCUCAUGUAGUUAGCAACUUUGGUUUUGAGAAAUUCACCCCAGCAGAGCUGGACUGGACUGGGGGAGAAAUAGGGCCCGGGCACUUUUGGCCUAAAGGUGCCCGUCAUAAUUAGCAUUGCAGAACUGACUCACCGGUGGGCCCCGCACCCAUAUGGGCCCCUAUUAUCAGAAAUGUUGAAAUAAAAAUGUAUGUUACAUUUCUGAAAAUAGGGGCCCUCAAAGGUGCGGGGCCCACCGGGAAAUGCCCGCUAUGCCAGAUGGCCAGUCCAGCCCUGUUCCUCAUCAUCGUACCUCUGCUAGAAUUUAUGUGCACCCCAUGAACAUGAAAAAAACCCAACCUUGCUGUUUUCCUCUUGAUUUAUUUUUCCAACUUCUAGGGCUGAAUGAAAGAACUUUACGUAUGUAUGUAUCUUGAGUUUUACUUUCACCUGUUAGGUAUAUGCAAAUUUGUACAAAGUAAAAAAAACAAACAAAAACAAAACAGAACACAUGUUCAUAUUUAUGUAAUACAUAUAAUUGUGUUUAUCUGGCAUUAAGGCAAAAAAAAGUAUCCUGUAAAUAAAACGGAUGUACAGAGAUGUCAGUGGGUCUGGCCGUGUGGCGUUUAUUGUGCAUUGAAGUCAAAGUCAAAGCGAACUUUAUUGUCAACUCCACCAUGUUGCAACUGACAUUAUAGGGAUUGCAUUUCAUCUACGGUAACAGCUUAUGUCCCUUUUAGGAAUAUGAUCGGAACUCUAACAAAAUUGAGUUCUCACUAUGGUGUCACAAAUACUUACCAGGAGCUAUAGAAUGUUUAACGAAUAUUCUAGAAGUGCCUGGGGACAAUAUUUUGCUUCUCAAAGGGUUAAAACUGAACCUGAAUCGUAGAGAUAGAUUGACUGGCAAGGAGGCAGAAACAAGUCUUGAAGGUCCAGUGUUAAGCAUUUGUAGUUUUUCUUUCAUUAUUUGUUUCUUGCCCGACCACAAACUAUAUUUGUAAAUUCAUAUUUACCACCAAAAGGCAGCUGUCAUGGGUAAGCGGUUCGAGCAUCAGACUUGUGACCCAAAGGUUGCUGGUUCGACUCCCGAUCCGCCAGGUUGGUGGGGGGAGUAAUUAACCAGUGCUCUCCCCUAUCCUUCUCCAUGACAUCCAUGACCCUGAGCAUGGUACCGUCCCACCGCACUGCUCCCUUAGGGCGCCUUUGGGGGCUGCCCCCUUGCACGGGUGAAGCAUAAAUGCAAUUUUGUUGUGUGCAGUGAACGCUUGUGUGCUGUGUCACAAUGACAAUUGGAGUUGGAGUUUCCCAGUUAGGCUUUAAAAUGAAAAAAGGACGUUAAGUGCCAGUGGGCUGCACAUGUGAUAUGAAAGCAUGUGCUCCCACAUUGGAGCUUGUAAGUGAUUA